CGCUGCGUCUGCCAUAUGAUCCAUAUAUACAGCUGAUGAUGGCCGAUAAAGAUGGCCGCCUUGCUUCCAAGAUUCACUCUGCAAGCAGCAAAAAAGCAGACAACAUGCACCGCGGUCGUUGCGUUGCAGACGAGUCAUUAUUCGUCGGACCCACGAGUCAUAACACAUCCCACUACUGCUUCCUUGAAGAGAGGUACGGGUGGUCGUAGUUCCUUCAAUGGGAUAGUGUGCACAGUGUUUGGCGCAACUGGAUUUGUUGGACGCUAUGUGUGCAAUCGUCUUGGCAAGAUUGGCACACAGCUAAUACUGCCCUACAAAGGUGACAUGUACAAAUGUUUGCCUUUAAAACUAUGCGGGGACCUUGGGCAAGUCUUGUUUCACCCGUUUCAUCUACGUGACGAGGAUUCAAUAAGAAAAUGCAUCAAGUAUUCCAAUGUUGUUAUUAAUCUAAUUGGACGAGAGUGGGAAACUAGAAACUUCACCUAUCAUGAGGUGCAUGUUGAUGGAGCCAGAAGGCUCGCUAGAUUAUGCAAGGAAGCUAAUGUAGAACACUUUAUUCAUGUAUCAGCUUUAAAUGUGGACAGUGAUAAGACAUAUGUGUUGAAAGAUGGAUCUCGAUUUCUGCAUACAAAAUUGGAAGGCGAGCAUGCAGUGCGAGAAGAAUUUCCGGAGGCUACAAUUAUCCGGCCAUCAAACAUAUGGGGUCAAGAAGAUCGAUUUUUGCGUGUCUACGCUGGUAUAAUGAGACAUCAUUUCAGGACUAUACCGAUAUGGGAAAACGGUGAAGCGACAGAAAAACAGCCAGUAGCUGUAUAUGAUGUUGCUGGAGGUAUUACAGCUAUUGCAAAAGAUCCUAAAAACACUGCUGGCAAGAUUUAUCAGUUUGUUGGACCGAAACGUUAUAAAUUUUCUGAACUACUUGAUUGGUUCCAUCGAAUACGGAUGCAUAAUCCAGCAGAUUAUGGUUACAGAAGAAUAGAUUUGAAAUAUGCUCCAUUGUUUAAACUUAAGCUUACUUUGAACGAACUCUUCAGCACUGCAUACCCUCUAGGAUUUGUACAAUGGGAACUUCUGGAAAGAGAAGCCAUAUCCGAUAUAGUAUCAAAAGAACUGCCAACUCUAGAAGACCUUGGUAUUACAUUAACAACAAUGGAAUCACGAAUGCAUUGGGAAUUGAAGCCGUGGCGUAAAGAUCCUCAAUAUAUGGAAAGUGUUGGCGAGUUCAGCUCUAUUCCGGAUCCACCAACUGUUGCAGUCCAUUAAAAGUCUCAGAAAUGUGCUAGGUUAAAAUACAAAUAGAACAGAACUCUAUGUACUCUUAUUGCUAAGUGAUAUUGUAAAGAGUAUAUAUUGUCAAUAUUAAAUAUAACGCGGUUAAUUAAAUAUAUAUUAAAUUAUUUAA